AAACUGUACUUUGAGUCCACAACAUGAGCACAGUUCUUUUUGUCCUCUUCUGUCUUGUUUUACCACCAGGUGCUGGAAAUGUACCGCAAAACACAGGGAGAUGGUUAACUCUUCAGAAAGGAGAAUUUGUCACCAUCCCAUGUUUCUAUCAUCCUUGGUACAAGAAUUAUGUUAAACAGUGGUGCAGCGGUUUAGAAAUCUUUUCCUGCACUAUUAUGGCCAGCACUGACUCUCCACAGGUACACAGGGUGUCCAUCAUCGAUGAUCCCACCCAGGGUGUGUUCACAGUGACCAUGAACAAUGUGCAGGAGAGCGAUUCUGACACUCCAGAUAUGUCAGUGAAGGACAACAUGGUGGAGGCGCAAUUGGGGGACAGUGUCACUGUACACUGUUUUUACAGCCACAGUUACAGAGACAGGGAGAAGAAGUGGUGCAGCAACUGCAGCACCAAUAAACCCAACGAGUUUAACUGA